AUGCUCGUCGAACACUACGAGGAAGGCACGGACGGCGCCAAGGCCCAUGUCGACGCCAGCGCCAGCGCCAACGCCACCAAGCCCAUCAAAGCUACCAUCCUCGAGCUUGUCCCUGCCCUGCAUGCACAGAUGCGAUCAACGCCUCAUGCUCCUCCCCACACUCCCCGGUACUCUGUCCCCAUCUCCCCUACCUCCUUCUGCUCCACCUUUUCCAUCGCACUCAUCCUCCUCGUACUCUUCCUCUCCAUCAACGCAACUCCCGCGGCGGCGAUGGACCCCCGGCUCAUGCUUUCGCAUAUCUGCCGACAGAACUGCGAGAUGCAGUACCAGAUGUGUGCGUCGGUCGCCUUCACUCCCGUCCCCUCUGCCGCCUCCGCACCCCGCUUGUCCGAUACCGCCGGAGAAGAGAAGCCGCUCAGAUCGCCUACCCUCGUCCUAUCAACCUUCUUUACCCUCGGCGUCCGCGGCGCCGUCCAUCAGAAACACAACCUCACGUCAUGCCCGUGUUUCAAGCGCGCCGAGCCUCCCACUUCUCGUUACAUUGGCUCAACGAGACACACGCCUCCGCGGCCCGCUGCAAUAGAGUUGGUCUCGGAUCAACGCCACGCACCUCGCUUAGGGUCCCAAAGCGGGGAGCCGGCGGGGCCACGAGGGGACAUCAGGGGAAACGAGGGGGAAUGA